AUGAGUCUUGAGGUCACCAGUGCUGCUGAAAGAUGGCAUGUCUGUGUCUCAGAAAAUGCUUUUGGUUUGGAUCAGUACAUAAAACAAGAAUUUGCCAAACUGCACCAGUUUCUCCAAGAGAAGGAACAAAAACUUAUUCAACAGCUUAAAAGUGAUGAUGUAAACAUUCUGAAUGAAACAGACAAACAUCUUGAAUGUAUUAAACAUGAUAUUAUCGACUCCCGUGUGGCGGUAUCUGAUCCUAACUUGGAACUCAAGAAUGAAGAAACAACAGCUCUGAAAGAGAUAGAAGAAAAAUCUGAAUGCAUUGAAAAUGAUACAGCCAUUCUGGAGACAUCUGACAAUAACUUAUCUCUCAGACAACAGGAACCUGUGGAAUUGCUAAGAGUGCCAGAAACCUUUGAGGAUGUUAUUGUCACUUUCUCAGAAGAAGAGUGGAAUAUGUUAAACAGACAAGAUAAGGAGCUUUACAGGGAAGUGAUGAUAAAUAACUAUGAAAGCAUGGUUUCAGUAGUGAAUGCCAAAAUAGUUUCAUUGCCAGGCUCACACUGA